GCCGGGGAUAUCACCAUCGUCGACGUCUUCAUGCUGCGACGCGUAGUCUCGACCGCGGCCCGGCACCGGAGCCUCGCCAGCGCGCUGCGCCUCCAUGGUGGCGCCGUCGCCCACGCCCGCGCGUCCUUGGCCUCUCUGCAUUUGCGCCCGUUGCACACGAGCCUGCCGCUACUGCGCAGCGAUAGUGCUGUCGAAGACAUGUACCAGAAGAAGACGCCGCUCGAGCACGUCCUGCUACGGCCGGGUAUGUACAUCGGGUCCGUUGAAAGUACGAAGGAGACCAUGUGGAUCUGGAGCGACUCGGAGCGCCGCAUGGUCCAGCGGUCGCUCGAGUUUGUGCCUGCCCUGUACAAGAUCUUUGACGAAAUCCUUGUCAACGCCGUUGACAACAAGGUCCGCGACAGCGCCAUGUCGCGCCUGGAAGUGAGCGUGCAUCCUGGCUCGGCGGCCAACGGUCACCAGGCGACGAUCUCGGUCUUCAACGACGGCAAGGGCAUUCCGAUCCAGUUCCACAAGCAAGAGAACGUCUACGUGCCCGAGCUCGUCUUGGGCCACCUCUUGACCGGCUCCAACUUUGACGAUGCGUCUGCGCGCCUCACGGGCGGCCGCCACGGCUACGGCGCGAAGCUCACCAACAUCUUUAGCUCCGAGUUUGUCGUCGAGACGGGCGACGCCAAGAGCGGCCAGCGCUACACACAGACGUGGCGCAACAACAUGCGCGAGCGUGGUGAGCCGAUCAUUGCGCCGUACGACGGCGAAGACUUUACGCGCAUCACGUUUACGCCGGACCUCGCCAAGUUUGAAAUGGCCAAGCUCACGAGCAGCAUGACGCGCGUGCUCCGGAAGCGCGUCUUCGACGUCGCAGGCUGCCUCCCCAACGUCACGGUCAAGUGGAACGACGACGAGGUGCCUUUGGUUGGCUUUGAGUCGUACGUGCAAGCGUUUGAAGGCGCGACGACCAAAGAGGCCGAACUCGCCUUGUACAGCCGUGCCAACAUGCGCUGGGAGAUUGGCGUCCUCCCGUCUGACGUCGGCUUUGUCCAAGUGAGCUUUGUGAACGGCAUGACAACGCAUCGCGGCGGCACGCACAUCAACUACAUCCUCGAGCAGCUCUGCAAGCGCAUCGCCGACCACAUCAACAGCAAGCAGAAAGACAUGACGGUGACCGCAACGCAGAUCAAGCCGCACAUUGCACUUUUUGUGAACGCCCUCAUUGAGAAUCCGACGUUCGACUCGCAAAUGAAGGAGAAUCUGACGUCGCGCCCGUCGACGUAUGGCUCGACGUGCGUCCUCUCGGAGCGCUUCGUCAAGAGCGUCCUCAACAACUCGGGCAUUGUCGAGCGCGUGAUCGCGGCCAUGAAGACCAAGCAGCGCUCGGCGCUCAAUAAGAAGGUCGCCAAGAAGACGAUCCUUGUCCCGAAGCUCGAAGACGCCAACUGGGCGGGCAGUCCGCGCGCGUCCGAGUGCACGCUCAUUCUGACCGAAGGCGACUCGGCAAAGGCGCUCGCAGUCGCCGGUCUCUCGGUCUUUCUAAACGUGCGCGAUGCGUCCGACACGCAGCUGAGCAAGAACGCCGAGUUCAGCCACCUCUGCACGAUUCUCGGGCUCAAGCUCGGCUCCAAGUACGCGACGCCCGAAGAGAAGGCGACUCUGCGCUACGGCCGCGUGCUCAUCAUGACGGAUCAGGACCACGACGGGUCGCACAUCAAGGGCUUGCUCUUGAACCUCUUCCACACGUUUUGGCCGCAACUGCUCCAAGACAACUUUGUGAGCACGUUCUUGACGCCGCUUAUGAAAGCGCAGACGAAAAAGACGAUCUUGCCCUUCUUCUCCGUGCCCGAGUACGAGCAUUGGAAGGCGUCGAAUCCCGACGUGUCGCACUCUGUCAAGUACUACAAGGGUCUCGGCACGAGCACAAGCGCGGAAGGCAAGGAGUACUUUGAAGAGCUUGACGAGCACACGGUCGACUUUCGGUGGACGUCCGAGGACGACGGGGACGCCAUCGCGAUGGUCUUUAGCAAGGACCGCGUCGCGGAGCGCAAGGCGUGGCUGUCGAAUAUCGCGCCGUCGACGCUCCACGAGCGCACACCUACCAUGCGCCUCCACGAUUUCGUGCACUCGGAGCUCAUCCAGUUCUCGCAUGCGGACAACGCGCGGUCGAUCCCAAGUGCGAUCGACGGCCUGAAACCCUCCCAGCGCAAGGUGCUCUACGCGUGCUUCAAGCGCAAGCUCACAAAAGAAGUCAAAGUCGCGCAGCUCGCGGGCUACUGCGCCGAGCACACUGCGUACCACCACGGCGAAGCGUCUUUGCACAGCACGAUCGUCAACAUGGCGCAGGACUAUGUCGGCGCCAACAACAUUCCGCUCUUGUACCCGUCCGGUCAGUUUGGCACGCGCCUCCAGGGCGGCAAGGACGCCGCGUCGCCGCGCUAUAUUUUCACGUAUUUGCACAAGUACACGCGGCUGCUCUUUCCGGAAGCCGACGAGCCGCUCUUGGAGUACGUCAUUGACGACGGCGACGCGGUCGAGCCGACGUACUAUGUGCCGAUUCUACCGCUCCUCCUCGUGAAUGGCAGCGAAGGCAUCGGCACUGGUUGGUCCACGAGCAUUCCGAGCCACCACCCGAUCCAGCUCAUUGACCGGCUCCUCGCGCGCAUUGACGGCGACGCGUCAUGCGAUGCGCUCGCGCCGUGGGUCAAGGGGUUCCAGGGCACGAUUGCCCCGAAUGGCCUCAACUACAUUUCAACGGGCGACAUUGAAAUUCUGAAAGCGACGCCCCGCACGGUGGCCGUCCGCGUCUCCGAGUUGCCUGUCGGCAAGUGGGUCGAGGACUACAAGAACUUUCUGCACAACCUCAUUGCGACCAAGAAGGUGCGCGCGUUCACCGAGCACCACACGGACAAGACCGUGUGCUUUGAGCUCGUGAUUGAAAAAGACGGCGCCGAUGCGAUGGACGACGCGACGCUGCGCAAGCUGCUCAAGCUCGAGUCCAACAUCAACACCACCAACAUGCACGCGUUCAACGCCAACGGCAAGCUCGUCAAGUUCGAUUCGAGCGCCGAGAUCCUCGACGCCUUCUUUGACGUGCGCCUCGACCUCUACGCGCGCCGGAAGACGUACUAUGAAGACCGUCUUGGCCGCGAGUGCGCCAAGCUCGAGAACCGCGUUCGGUUCCUCCAGGAAAUGGCCUCGGAUGUCAGUCCGCUCCGGUCGCUCUGGACGUCCCGCCCUUCCAAGGCCGACGCGAUGGCGGCGCUUCGGGCUGCUGGGUUUGCGCCGGCGAGCGCGUUUGAAGUGGAUGGUGGUAACUCCAACGAGAAGGACGCGUACGACUACCUCCUCCAGACGUCGUUCCUCCAGUGCACGCUCGAGCACGCGGAGAAGCUCACGCGCGAGUUUGGCGCCAAGCAAGCGACCUUGGAGCAGCUGCGCGAGACGGCACCGAAAGCGCUCUGGAAAACAGAGCUUCUUGCGCUCCGUGAAGCGCUGCUCGAGGACGCCGAGUACCACAAUGCGAUCGAGGCGUGAGCAAGACAUACGAC